AUGGGGCCGCUUCUAGAUCCCACCGGUCUCAAGAAGCAGCAUAAUGUGCGUGCAGUCUUCACGCUAGAAAGACCCGCGCAAGAACAGGCACUUAUAUGCGGUGUCUCGUCAAAGGAGUGCCUACCGCGUUUGCUGUUAAUUCUUGUUCACCCGUCGAAUGGAGGAUCAGUGAUAUCUCAUCGCAAUACCGGCAGUCCGUCACCUAGGAGAGGUGACAGCUCCUAUAACCUUAUAGGGUCUUCGAGCAUGAACAGCAGUAUAACAUUUUCGAGUGGACUGGAUUUGAAAAACCCUUUUCAUGCGGAGGAUGAAGGUGGAAGCCUUGAAGCUGUCAAGUCGCACCGUGGUACUCACAGAUGGUAA